AGUGGACUAAAUAUGGGGGAGCAAGGUGGUUGGCUGGAGGCUAACAGAGGAGACUGGGUGGCCAUCUUGGAUUCCCAGACACAGACGGGUGCAGCCAAGGGCUCAGGAGACGACAUCACUGAGCAGGCCAGGACCAGAGAUGACAUAGUGGAGGUCAGUGGAUGGGACAGCGCCCUUAACUCUGGGCUGGGGAACAACACUGUUACCCACAACCAGAAACAGACAGUGUUCUACAUAACAAGAACCGAACUUAGUCUCCAUGACAACAGGCUGGCUGAGACCAGGGCGAGGCGUAGAGGCCUGUUUCGAAUGCGGUGGGAGAGAACAGACGCAGCUAGCGGUAGUCCGUCCUGCUCCUAUAGUUGUGAUUCAGAGAGACUGAUGGCGCCUCAGGUUAACCCCCUAACAGGUGCUGCCUUCAGCAUGCCUUCUAUAGGAUCUAUCAACUGGAACAUGGAGCCUGCAACAUCACAGACACUCCCUGGCCUUCGUCCUCCUCACACUCUCCUAAUGUUAAACCAGACCUCAGACAAUGCCAGUGCCUCAACACUAAAUGGCAACACAAGCCCAUUGACAAAUGACAGUAGUAGUAAUUCUAUCAGUAGAUCCGGUGGCAAAGAGAAGCGCUUCCUGUGUUCGUUCUGUGGGAAAGCCUUCAGUUUCCCCGAACAGGUGGAGAUCCACCAGAGGAUGCACACGGGGGAGAAAGAAUUCGGCUGUCACGUGUGCCGGGCCAAUUUCUCCCACUCGUCCAAGCUGAAGAGGCGCCAGUGUGAGAAGAGGUUCUCCCACCAGCACCAAUUGAAGAAUGCACCUGAAGAUGCACACGGGAGAGAGGUUGUUCGCCUGUACGCCGGAAGAGGUUCUCAUAGAGAAGCUACCUCAGGAUACUCCAGCAGAAAAUGCACACUACCCAUGUACACUGAGUGUACAAAACAUUAGGAACACCUUCCUAAUGUUGAGUGGCACCCCCUUUUGCCCUCAGAAAAGCCUCAAUUCGUCGGGGCAUUGACUCUACAAGAUCUUGAAUGUAUUGGAGGUGACUCCAAUGCU